GCAGAAAGGGGAGUUGUUUGGAGGAAAAAAAAAAAAAACAACAACUCAGUAACAUAGUGGAAUGCUGUUGGUUGUAUAAAUGUACUUUAUUUAAUAACUAAAUAAAUAAAUACGGUAAUACAGUAUUUAGCAAUGCCGGGAAUGAUGGACAAAGGGUUAGAGUACCUUGGGAAAGGACGGUCUAACGGAACUAAAAGCCCAUCUAACGCCUCAAAUGGACAUUUUUCGGAGGAGAGUGGCAGCGACGACGAGCACGAUGUUGGAAUGCGAGUGGGAGCGGAAUAUCAAGCGAGUAUUCCUGAAUUUGAACCUGGUGCUACAAAAUACACAGAUAAAGACAGUGGGGGAAUGUUGGUAUGGUCUCCAGAUCACAUUAUUGUUGACACAAAAUUGGAUGAAUAUAUUGCGAUAGCAAAAGAAAAGCAUGGAUACAAUGUUGAACAGGCUCUGGGCAUGUUAUUUUGGCACAAGCACAACAUUGAAAAGUCACUUGCUGAUCUCCCAAACUUCACCCCUUUUCCCGAUGAGUGGACAGUGGAGGAUAAAGUUCUGUUUGAGCAAGCCUUCAGUUUUCAUGGGAAAAGUUUUCACAGGAUUCAACAAAUGCUACCAGAUAAAACCAUUUCAAGUUUGGUAAAAUAUUACUACUCUUGGAAAAAAACAAGAUCCAGGACAAGUCUGAUGGACCGUCAGGCCAGAAAAUUAGCAAACAGAAAUAAUCAAGAAGAAAGUGACGAGGAGAUGGAAGAGGGAAAUCCAAAUGAGGCAAAUGAUAGCGAUUAUGACCCAAGUAAAGAAACUAAAAAAGAGAGUCAGUCUGAACAGCCUGUCCAGAACAGUAAGAUUGGGUUGGGUCGAAGGGAGCACCAGACUCUGAUGCAUCGCCACCAUUCACAACGGUCCAAGUGCCGCCCUCCCAAAGGCAUGUACCUAACUCAGGAGGAUGUGGUAGCUGUUUCCUGUAGUCCCAGUGCAGCAAACACUGUUCUUAGACAACUGGACAUGGAGCUAGUUUCAUUAAAACGACAGGUCCAAAAUGCUAAGCAAGUGAAUGGAGUUCUGAAGCAGAAGGUGGACACAGGUAUUGAUGACUACAGACUGCCUGAGUGUAACCAGAAAAUAAAUGCCAGGUGGACUACAGAUGAGCAGCUGCUUGCAGUACAAGGUGUCCGGAAGUAUGGGAAAGACUUCCAAGCUAUUGCCGAAGUUAUCGGUAAUAAGACCGUAGGUCAGGUAAAAAACUUCUUUGUAAACUACCGUCGUCGAUUUAACUUGGAGGAGGUGCUGCAGGAGUGGGAGGCAGAACAGGGAACUCAGGCCCCCAACGAUGACACUGCUACCUCAGGGGAGGAGGGGAAGAACACUUUCAACACCCCAUCAGGGAAAAGUACCGACGAAGAGGAGGAGGAGGAGGAGGAGGAGGAGGAGGCUUUGGUGGUGCCAUCUUCUGGUCGUUCUCCUCCAGCCCAAGUGUCUUCUGCCUCUGCUCCUGUAACACCUACAGCUUCACUCAACCAGCCACCACCCCUUCUUCGGCCAUCUAUCCCAGCUGCCCCAGCUCUUCACCGGCAGCCUCCCCCAUUGCAGCAGCAGGCUCGCUUCCUUCAACCAAGGCCUACCCUCAACCAGCCACCACCUCCGCUCAUCAGGCCGGCCAAUCAAAUGCCACCCCGUCUAAACCCAAGGCCAGUCGUACCAGCUGUCAGUGGACAGCAGCCACCGACACUGAUUGGCAUCCAAGCAGAAACACAGUCCUCUCUGCACUGAAUACACUGCAGUUACAAUUUUUAAUUUUCUUUGUAUUUUUUUUGUUAUUUUUUUUAGAGACUAGAACUUUUGCAGAUUAAGUUGCAUACAGUGUCUCUGAUUUAACAGAUGUUGUAACUUCUGUGUUUAUCUGAAUAGCCAGUUUUGUUAAAAAGAUAAGUGAACCUUUUAGAAAAGGUUCAUGUUAUCAAUAGAUACCAGUUUUAUUUGUCAUCAUCUUUUCCUGUCACCAACGCACUUAUUUGGAGUAAAUGUUAUCAUUAGAUAAAUACAAAUAAGUAUAAGUAACUAACCCUUUGCGGUCCAUUUAUUCGGCUCCUGUGAGGCUCGUCAGGUCCAAUUUAUUUUUAUACGUACUGUUUAUUUUACACACGCUGUUUAAAAGUGUUUUUUUUUUCACAGUGAAACAGGCUUCAAAUGCACUGCAUACUCAGUACUGCACCUCCAGCCCUGCCCCACCCCACCCCUUGUUAGCUGUAUUUAUCACAUACCUCUUCAUAGUCGUGCAUACUGAUAAA